CACCCUACGAUACUAGAAUUUUACUUAUACGCAGGGAAGCAUGUAGUUCUAUAAGUAAAUUAAGCAUGGACUCGUCUGUUUCUACUUCCCAGCACUCGCAUCCGUCCCAGAAUGGUUGCGGAAUUGCAAACAUUGUGGGCAUACCUAUUAUCAACGAAUUAGAGCUCGGUAAAGCUACUUUAAUCGGCGGAGGAGGUUUUGGUCAAGUUUAUAAAAGACAAUGGAAUCUAAAUGGAGAACCUGUGUAUGUGGCCGAGAAAGUGCUUCUAGGCAGAGGAAUUCCAGAUGUAAAUGACCAAGGCAAUCUGAGAAAAGAGGCAGAAAACCUAUGGAAACUGCGACAUCCAAACAUAGUAGAACUCCACGGCGUAAUCUUUUCGGAACAGAAGUUUAGCAUCAUAAUGUCGUAUUGUGAAUUUGGUUCUACAGUUCAUUUUUUCAACUCUCUUCGCAAUAAUGAAGACACCUGGCCACUUAAGAUGAGGAUUUCAUACCAGGUUUCAGAUGCCAUGGCAUACCUUCACGGGUUUCCUAAACCAAUGCUGCAUUUGGAUCUGAAAGCAGACAAUGUUUUGUUGAAUGCUCAGCUUGAUGUCAAAGUAUGCGAUUUUGGUUUGUCAGAAAUGAAAACUUUAAGUCGUAUUACUCAAGAACUGUUGCCGAAAGAAAGUAAAAGUUCACAUCGUUGUGGGACUAUCUCUCACAUUGCUCCUGAAAUUUUACAAAACCCGGACUCUCCUGCUUCAACUUAUGCAGAUGUUUACAGUUACGGAAUAUUUUUGUGGGAGUUAAUGGCACAGACGCAACCUUAUGAAGCUGCUCUGAGGAACUUCAAAGACAGUGAUAUAAUUAGGGACAUAGUUCUAAAAGGAGACAGACCUGAUCCAGACAUUACUGGUCCCCCUUCACUACUAGAAACAAUGGUACAAGCAUGGAAACAUGAAAAGAAUGACAGACCAGAUUUUUCAGAUAUCAAAGAGAAGUUAGCGAUGAAACAAUAUGAUGCUCAAGAAGUUUCAAAUUGUGUUAGAAAGUUAUUAGUUCUGUGCACUAAACUGUCUGAAUCCAUAAGAUCUAGUGUUGGCCAGAGCAAUGUCCAUCGUUACCCACAUAAUGCUUUGGGGACUUACUAUAGUGAUGAUGUACAACCUAACAUAUACCCAAAUGUCACCCCCCGAGCUUUUACAUCGAAUCGCGAUGAGGAAACAAAUCCAAAACAAGUGUUACUUCCCCAUAUCCAUUCUAACACAAUAGAAACUGACAGCACACAUAGAAGUGAUGGUGACAUCAUAAAUGCAGCGGACGCCAGACCACUGUUAACUAAUUCAACAGAUGGCACUGAUCAUUUUUUAAAGAUAACGUCUCCAAGUUGGAGUAGAAGAAAAAAAUUCACAGUUUCAUUUCUGGUCAUUAUUGUUCUCUUGCUUCUGGCUGGGUUGGCUGCUUUCCUUGUAUUUAAGUUUCGAAGUGCUGACUGUCAAUCCCCUGCCUGGGACCAAUCUGGGAGCCACAUAUGUACAAAGAAUCCUGUUGAAGGGAAGUAUCCGUCUGGUACAACUUGCACACUUACAUGUAAGGCAGGGUAUGGUGUAAGGGCUGGGUCAUUGGUGUCGCUGUGUGAGACCAACGGGAGUUGGAAUGCAAGUUUUGGUAGCUGUGUGAAACUUGGCGUUUGUUCUCUUUUACCUGACCCUGCAAAUGGUGGUACAACAACCUGCACCAAUCAUAAUUUUGAGAUGUCAAUUUGUUCUUAUUCAUGUCCUCUUGGCUUUCAGUUGGCUGGAGAUAAAAGUUCUUCUUCUACUUGUAAAGUCAUUGGUGGUGACAUUUCUGAUGCUGUAUGGUCAAGUCCGGUGCCAUAUUGUGAAAAAGUUACGGUAUGUCCUUCGGUACCACCAUCUAGCACUGGUGAUGUGACAUGUUCAACAAAUGAAGAUCCACCAAGUAACGGAACUAUUUGUAAAGUGCAAUGUCAUGAAAAUUAUGCGGUUAAGGGCAACAUAGGUGUUCUGUGUGGAAAAGAUGGGAAAUGGAAUUCAACUAUUCCUUAUUGCCAGCGAGUAUGUCCAUUGCUUGAAUUUGAAGAAGCUGGCACAUAUACAUGCACACACUCGCGUUUUAUUACUUCUGUAUGUACAUUUAACUGUGGACCAAAUUUCAUUUUACUUGGUUCACUCAGAUCUACCUGUAUGCCUCGUGGGUCGUGGACAAACCCGGUACCGAGAUGUGUAUGUCCGCAGUGUCGUGGGGGUACCAAGUGUGAUUCCAUACGCACAUGGAAUGACAUUUUAUCACAAAUGAAAGAAGCUUUGCAAACACACAGUCAUUUUCACUACGACAUCAACGAAUUGCUGUGCACAUCUCAGGUCUCGAAUUCAACAUCUUGUAUUUGUAGAGACGUGAAAACAAACAGAUCAAAGCAAUGUAACAAUUACCAAGAUGAAGUGACUGCAUGCACACAUAGUCUUGCUUCAUUAAUAUUAAUGAUGUCAUAUGAUGGUGGUUGGGUGGUGCCCAUGUGAUGCGGACUGGAUGCCUUUAGCUUGUAAUUAAAUUUUGUUAUGCAUCUUGGA